UUCAAUGUAUAAAAUGGAAUAUUCUUAUCUCAAUUCCUCCGCCUACGAGUCCUGUAUGGCCGGCAUGGACACGUCCAGCCUGGCUUCGGCGUACGCGGACUUCAGCUCCUGCAGCCAGGCCAGCGGCUUCCAGUACAACCCCAUCCGGACCACUUUCGGGGCCACGUCGGGCUGCCCGUCCCUCACGCCCGGCUCCUGCAGCCUGGGCUCGUUGCGAGACCACCAGAGCAGCCCCUACGCGGCAGUGCCCUACAAGCUCUUCACCGACCACGGGGGGUUGAACGAGAAAAGGAAGCAGAGGCGCAUCCGGACCACCUUCACCAGCGCCCAGCUCAAGGAACUGGAGCGGGUCUUCGCCGAAACCCAUUACCCGGACAUCUACACCCGAGAGGAGCUGGCCCUCAAGAUCGACCUCACGGAAGCCCGAGUGCAGGUGUGGUUCCAAAACCGGCGGGCGAAAUUUCGCAAGCAGGAGCGGGCGGCGGCUGCAGCGGCGGCGGCCGCCAAGAACGGCUCGUCGGGCAAGAAGUCGGACGCGUCGCGGGACGACGAGAGCAAGGAGGCCAAGAGCACCGACCCGGACAGCACCGGCGGCCCGGGCCCCAACCCCAACCCGGCGCCCAGCUGCGGCGGAGGGCCCAGCCCUGCUGGAGCCCAAGGCGGGGCCGGCGGUGGAGGCGGGCCCGGGCCGGAGGCGGGCAAAGGGGCGGCGGGGCCCGGCGGCUUGGCGGCGGCGGGGCCCGGGCCAGGCUGGGCUCCCGGGCCGGGGCCCAUCACCUCCAUCCCGGAUUCCUUAGGCGGCCCCUUCGCCAGCGUACUCUCUUCCCUGCAGAGACCCAACGGCACCAAAGGCACCUUGGUCAAGGGCGGCAUGUUUUGAACCGGGGGCCGGGG